AUGUCUGGACGUGGCAAGGGUGGGAAAGUGAAGGGAAAAUCAAAGUCCCGCUCCAGUCGGGCUGGACUUCAGUUCCCAGUCGGCAGGAUUCAUCGUCUUCUGAGGAAGGGUAACUACGCUGAGCGCGUAGGUGCUGGAGCUCCAGUUUAUCUUGCAGCAGUUAUGGAAUACCUAGCUGCUGAGGUCCUUGAGCUUGCCGGUAACGCUGCCCGCGACAACAAGAAAACUCGC